CAACAACAACCCCAAAAAUGGCGAGGAUUAUGGAAAGCCCCCUGCUGAUACGAAAUGGAGCCAGUCGGACAUUUAGCAUCAAUGAUCCAGAAUCCGAUAUUGCCAAUGAAUCCGGGAACAUGGGCUAUGACAUUGAACUCCCAAGUGCAAGAUUCUCACGACAAGAAUCCGAGAACAACCGACUCAAACUUUGGGAGCUCAACUACCAGGAGGCUGCCAUUUUCUUACAGGAGGGCGAGAAUAAUGACAAAUACAGAACCCACCCGGCGAGUCAUGAGGCCCUCCCAGCCUAUCAGAUUGCUCAUAACAAAUGGUUCUAUUUACUAGACUUGAUGGCAGCCAUAUUGAUUCUGUUCUUGGCAGCUUGUGAGAAACCUGCAGUUCCAUGGUUACGGCUAGAUGUUGGGAUUCACGGGUCUCUGGAGUUGUUCUGUCUACUGGUACAAAGUCUCGAUAUUGCCAUCAAGCUCAAAUGGCUAGGAUGGAAGAUAUUUUUCAGACACAGACGUACAAUGCUCAAGUCUCUCACCCUGUCUAUCAUGUUUGUGGAGGCGAUCGUGGUGCUUAUCAGACAGACAAAUCACUUUCGGGUCACACGGGCCCUCAGGCCGCUGUUUUUAUUGGACUCCUACUAUUGCAGGAGUGUGCGGAGAUUUGCCCGGCAGAUUUUACAGUCCCUCCCACCUAUUUUAGAUAUGAUAGUCUUACUUCUAUUCUUCAUGUUGAUAUUUUCUAUAUUAGGAUUCUAUUUAUUUUCACCAAUAGCUAAAGACCAGUAUUUUUCAACUAUUCAGGACAGUUUUGUCAGUCUGUUUGUUCUGCUGACAACUGCAAAUUACCCCGAUGUGAUGAUGCCAGCGUUCUCAGUCAACCGGUGGUACGCUAUUUUCUUUGUGGUCUACCUCUCCCUGGAGCUUUACUUUCUCAUGAAUCUGCUGCUGGCAGUGGUGUAUGAUACAUUCACAGGCCUGGAGAAGAAGAAGUUAAAACAGUUGUUCUUCCACAAGAGACAGGGGUGUGAGCAUGCCUUUAAACUGCUGGUCAGAAAAGGGUGUUCAAGAAUCAGUAUGAAGCAUUUCUCUGGAAUGUUGAAGUAUUUUUCACCUCGUAAAAGUAGACGGGAUACAUACCUGUUGUUCAAAGCCCUGAACACGAGUAAAUGUGGUGCCAUUACCAGGGAGGAGUUUUAUAACAUCUAUGACAUGAACAGUCUCCAGUGGAAGCCAAAGAAUGCGGAUACGACCUGGUCCCACAAUUUCAGACCUCCUUUUAACAGAAUUUUUAAAGCAUUGUACAGAUUUGUCACCUGGAGGUGGUUUGACUAUUUUAUCUAUUUGGUGAUUGCUGUUAACUUUUUGUGGAUUUUAAUUGAAACCAUUCAUAUAUCAGUGACUUCCAUGGAUGUGACCAAGUAUAAUUUUUCCACCACUUAUGCUUCCAUAGUAUUUUUAUGUGUGUAUGGUAUAGAAGUCAUCAUCAAGGUUCUUGGCCGAGGUCCCAUCGACUAUUUUACCUCUGGCUGGGAUUUGUUUGACUUCAUUGUGACAAUUGUCUCAAUCGUUGGGGUGCUCGGGGAAGUCUAUGCUGACAGUUUUUACUACAUCAUGGUGUUGAGACCAUUUAGGUUACUCAGGCUGUUCAAGCUGAAGAGAAGAUACAGAGAUGUGCUGGGAACACUGUUUGUCCUCCUGACCAGACUCGCCACGUUGGCCAUUGUCAUAAUCCUGGUAUUCUAUUUCUUCGCUAUCAUUGGCAUGGAGCUGUUCGGAUCUGUGGACCUCAAAAACUGCUGCAGGAACACUUCAGUGGAAGACUUUUAUCGCUAUGACAACGAGAGUUUGUUUGAGGGCUAUUACUACCUAAACAAUUUUGACAACAUUUUUGUAACAGGAGUUACUCUGUUUGAGCUGACUGUAGUGAACAAUUGGUUUAUCAUCAUGGAUGGGUAUGCUUACCACGUCAGCAAAUGGGCACGACUCUACUUCAUGCUGUUCUACUUGGUCAUGAUGGUUGUCAUGACGAUUGUUGUUGCCUUCAUCCUUGAUGCCUUCAUCUUUAGGAUUCAGUACAGAAGACAGAUGCAUUGUGAAGAUAUUGAAGAUCACAUGGUGUCCCGGACAGAAGUGGCAUUGAGCCCUGAGGAGAUGCAAAUGUGUGACGAUAUCACCCACGGCUGGACAGGCCAGUACAUAGACAGUCAGACCCCAGACACACUGACACCACACGUGUUCAGAGGAGAGAGAGUCAGAAGUAGAGAGGACUUUAGUUUACAGAUGCAUAGCGAUGAAGUACAGGCCUGGGUAGAGGAAGAGAAGAAGAAGCACCUGGUUGUACGGGAGCUACAUGCUGAAGGGUUGAGACAGAGAUUGAACACUAGCAGCAGCUCUUUGGAGCUGGAAUACGAUGUAAACACAGAACCCACAUCAUUCUCUGCUGUGCCAUGCUGACACCAUACAUUCUGUAAGUUCUGAACAUCAUUCUGUCCUCUGAUAUCAUUCUGACACCAUACAGACAUUGUAUUCUGACACCAUACUGACACUGUGUAUUUUGACAACAGACUUACACUGAGAAUUCGUACACCAUACAUACACUGUGCAGUCUGACACCAUACUUAUACUGUGCAGUCUGACCUCAUACUAAUGCUGUAUUUUGACACUGUGCAGUCUGGCACCAUACUUAGGCCGUAUUUUAACACUGUGCAGUCUGACACCAUACUAACAUUGAACAUUCUAACACCACCGUGACACCCUAAUUACACUGUGCAGUCUGACACCAUACUUACACUGUGCAGUCUGACACCAUACUUACACUUUUCAUUCUGACACCACACUUACACUGUGCAUUCUGACACCACUGUGAUACCAUACUUACAGUCUGACACUACUGUGACACCAUACUAACACUGCAGUCUGACACCAUACUUACACUGUACAGUCUGACACCACUGUGACACCAUACUUACACUGUGCAGUCUGACACCACUGUGACACCAUAAUACACUGUACAGUCUGACACCACUGUGACACCAUACAUACACUGUACAGUCUGACACCAGUGUGACACCAUACUUGCACUGUGCAGUCUGACACCACUGUGACACUAUACAUACACUGUACAGUCUGACACCACUCUGACUUAAGUAAAUGUUAGCGAGCUCAAUUUCUUCUGCUACCUGAAGGCCACUUGAACAGCACUUGAACGCCACAUGAGCAUAAAUGUGUAUACCAAUGAUGACGCCAUGGUGGAACUUACCCAAUUCAGGAUGCGGCGUAUUAAAUUAGAAAUCGUUCUAUUGCUGACAUGCUUAAAAAUGGUUGAUGUCAAAAAUUGAACUAGGAUAUAGUAUGUUUCACAUACUAGGUCACAAGAGUUGGUUUUUACUUGUUGCUGUUGGGCUGUGUAUUAUUGUUAUAUGACUGUGAUUAAGUGAGGAAGGGCAGCUUCUGGAAGCCACAGUUUGGUGCUGCAGGGUCUCUCUCAAAAAUGCAACUAUUUUUGAUCAAAUUUAC